UAGCCGCAGAUGAGGUAUUGCAUCCCCGCGCACGUACUCAAGUGAUAGAGCUUUCGUCGGAAACAGUUUCUCACCAAUUGAAAUAGAUAAGAAUGGCUUUCACUAUUACCGCUCUAGCAGUUCAAUGGCUCGCGUUGGCACUUAUAAGUCUCACAUCCGUUACAAAUUGUGUUUCCGCUGCUGGAAUAAGUAAUUUUCAGCGACUGUUCCGGAAUCAAUCUGUGCCGGUUGAAUUGGAAGCAUUUCCCGGGGAGCUGUGUCUGCGGGCAUGUGACGAAACGAGACCCCGAGUUUGCUAUUUCAAGUGGACGCUGGAACACUACCACUCGAUGGGACCAGCCUGCAAAAAUUGCGCUAGAGGCAAUCACAGGGACUGCAAUCAUCAUGCCUGUCUGACGGCGGAUGGCGUUGAGCGUGGUGUAAUGUCUAUCAACCGCCAGAUACCAGGUCCGAUUCUUCAAGUGUGUCAAAAUGAUCUGAUCGUGAUUGAUAUGACCAAUGCUAUGGGUGGAACGGCGGCCACGAUGCACUGGCAUGGACUGCAUCAGCGAGAAACGCCCCACAUGGAUGGUGUCCCGUUUAUAACGCAGUGCCCAAUCGAUUUCAUGAGCACCUUCCGGUAUGCCUUUUGGGCGACCGAACCCGGAACACAGUUCUACCACUCUCACUCCGGUCACCACAAGGUAAAUGGCCACUACGGCGCCAUGAUCAUUCGACAGCCGGAAGCAAACGAUCCAAACUCCUUCCGGUAUGACUUUGACCUGCCGGAGCAUACCAUACUCGCGUCCGAUUGGAUGCACGAGGACGGAGAAAUGUAUAUGCCGGGACUGCCGUCGUCGGACGGAAUACUUCCAACGAACAUACUAAUUAAUGGUAAGGGCACGUUUAUCAAAGUCGACGGCAACAAGACAAACGUUCCGCUGGAGGUUUUCCGGGUGCGCAAGGGUGGCCGUUAUCGGUUUCGUUUCAUCAAUGCCGCCAGUCACGUAUGCCCACUGGAGCUGCAAAUUCUUAACCAUACGCUGGAGAUAAUCGCCAGCGACUCGUUCCAUCUGCAACCGAUUGUCGUGAACACGCUAAUCACAACGUCUGGCGAACGGUAUGACUUUAUCGUGCAAGCAGAUCAACCAAGUGAUGACUACUGGCUCCGGAUAAGAACCAUCGGCCCAUGUGAAUACAGAGCAAUCCAACAGUUUGCUGUGCUCUCGUACCAACCACUAUCCGUCCCGGAGCAGAAUAUCGCCUUCCCCAGCAAAAACCCCCCUGGGUUUAAUGAAAGCUUGUUUCACAAUCCGAUUUAUGUGAACCACCCAAACACGACCUGUGGAGUGUCGGAGCCGGACGUCUGCAUUACGGAUUUUGAAGCGUACGGAACCGAUGACAGCAUAAUCAACGGGAUACCCGAUCAACGUUUUUUCCUCUCCUUUAACAACUAUCCGUUGGCAUUUGAAAAAGCUUUCGCAGUAAACAGCCACGAACAUUUUAUGAAUAUUCGAAAAAAUAUUAUACUGCAGGGAGCUAUCAAUAACAUCAGCUUCACAUACCCCCCGUUUUCUUUGUUGACCCAACCGGAACUCAUCAGCGAAGACAUCUUCUGCGAUGAGGAUACCUUUCCGGAACGAUGUCAAGGACAAACACACUGCACCUGUAUCCAUCGGUUGAAGAUUCCACUUGGCUCGCUAGUCGAGUUAUACAUACUUGAUCAAACGGCAGAAGUGAACCCGCUUAAUCAUCCCUUCCACUUACAUGGGUACCAGAUGUAUGUAAUAGGGAUGGGACAGGAUAGGACGCGUCCAAUCACGAUCGAGCGCGCUCAAAAAAUUGCCCGCAGCAGUGAUCUACAUCGAUCGCGAGUAACGACAUUCCCACCGAUCAAAGAUACCGUGUCGAUUCCGAGCAAAGGAUAUACCGUGGUACGCUUCCGAGCGGAUAAUCCCGGGUUCUGGUUGAUGCAUUGUCACUUCGAGUGGCAUACGGCGGUCGGUAUGGUGCUGGUUAUACAGGUCGGUGAACACCAAGAUUUCGUUCGGCCUCCAAGCGGCUUUCCUGCGUGCAACAAGUAUCAGCCGGAUGUCGACGAAUCACUUUUUGGACAGUAAUGGGGCCGGCAUGACAAUCUAUCCCUGGAUAGAUGGUAGGGAUGUGAGUUUGGAUCUGUGUAAGAUCUAGUCAGGCAUACAGCAACAUGAUGCAUGUUUCGGUUUAAAAUUUCUGUCAAAUAAAGUAAUGAUGGUUUUAUUGAAAA